AUGCCUGAAAUGCUUUAUGCACGCAUGACAGAAGACCCGUCAGAGGCCAAACAGAUUGGGCUCGCAGAUGGCAGUCGGACGCUCUACCUUGGCGAGGCUUUUAUGCUAACAUUCGUCGUGAAAACGGUGUGCAGCCCCUCAGGUCGUCUUGAAGACGCUACAAAGGUCCACUACCCGGUUCCACCAUCAGUCGAUGAUGGCAGUGAGCAUACGCACGAACUGGGCCGAGAUUUGGAACCUGCAGUGCUCGCCUUUCUGCGAUCCCAGGGGGCAUUCGUCGUUCUGGAGCAGCAGAUCAGUGACGAGUUGGUCAGGAUUUUCUUUUCGUCCUUACACCCAGCGUACGCCGUGUACGAUCGCAGGGACUUCAUCAGGAACUACCGAUGCGGUUCGCUUUCCAUGCUUGCUCUGCAGGUGGUUUACUUACUUGCUUCCACCAUCGCCCCUGAACAACUUCUGAAAAGAGCUGGAUUCUCGACACGAGCAUUCGCCAGAAACACAUUCUACCAACGCGCAAAGACACUCUACGAUAUGAACUAUGAGAGAGACAAAACGCAAUUGGUUGCAGCAUUGUUCUUGCUUGGCUUCUGGUGGCCUAAACCAGAGGAUCCAAAGGAUAGCUGGCACUGGCUGGGCUGCGCCAUUAGUUUGGCUCAGACCCUUGGAAUGCACCGGUCAACAGUCCUUUCUAACCUGGAAGCUCGAUACCGAUCUCUCUGGAAGAGAAUAUGGUGGGCCAUCUAUACUCGAGACCGCCAUGCUGCUGCUGCCCUCGGACGGCCGUUUCGCAUUCGUGACGACGACUGCGAUAUCGAACCACUCUCCCCCAGAGAUUUUGACGCCGAUAUUGUCUCAGAUGAUCCUCUUAUCUGCACGCAGGAAGGAUUUCACGUCAGCUACGCGAUCGAAAUGUCCAAGCUGGCAGUUCUGCAGGGACAAAUCCUAGCUCAACGAUAUUCUCCCCGGCCCUCAUGCAUGAUAACGCAGGUUGGGACCAUCCCAGCCGAGCUUCGAGAGUGGAAAGCACGUCUGCCAGCCACAUGGCUACGCCAGCCGCUCAGCAGCUCCCUCGAUAACUCUUUUUGGGCCUCUAUGCUCUUCGCUGCCUACAAUUACGCUCUCAUUCUCCUCUACCGGCCAACAUGUGUACUUGACAACACUUCUGCCGAGGCAGAACAUUUUCUCAAGGCGACGUCUGCCGCCGACGAAAUCACCCGCAUUGCCGAAGAUCUCCUGGCCGCUGGCACUUUGGGCCGGGCGCAACUUCACAUGGUGCCUUGUCUCUUUGCUGCACUUGGGAUUCACGCUAUAGGCAUUCGUCGAAAGGACGUCAUUCGCGGCAAGCUUGCUGAGAAUCGCUCAAGGCAAUGCAUGCUCGCUCUGAGUGAGCUGGCUGAACACUGGCCAGUCGCUGGCUGGAUUCUCCGGCUCUUCAUUAGCCUCAUCAUGAAGCUAACAGGAAAAGACUUCGGAUUGGAGAUAUCAUCGAAUUGGGCCAUCUCUCAAAGUCAAGCUCCAGGAAUGAACAUGGAUGAACUCUCAGUCACUCGAGGAACUUACUUGGAUUACCAUCAGUCUGACGCGCCCCAUGCGUCGGCUCUCUCACCUUCAAUGGGCGUGCAGAUACAAGACAUUGGGAUGAACCCGCAGGCAGGCGUGAUCCAGGAGCCACUGAGCCAGCCAUCGGCUUUCACACCUCUCGAUCUAAGCUUUUAUGACUUUGACUUUAUAUUCCAAGAUUCUUUGGCUGGUUUUGCCGGCCAGAAUCUGUCCGAGCACAUUGACAAUAUUUGUGGAAGUACCUAA